CCUGCAAUUAAAAUUACGGAUAACUUGUUUUGCUACCAAACCGAAAGGUGGCAACUAAUCGGUCCAACUCACAUUCCGAACAUCCGUAUCCGUGCAGAAAUUAAUAGACGAACUUAGAAAAUCGCCAGAGUAGCUUGCAGAAACCCUGGAAGCUGGAUUUAUUACCCGCACCCUCGCAUGGAAGGACGAAACCAUGGAAAGAAUCUGCUUGUGCUGUUUAGCGGAAUCGGAGCAGAUGUACAGCGUGACGAUCACACUUGCUGCAUUUUUACCCGAACACAUCUUGCAGGAGAUGCGGAUAGGCGAUGCGCCACCGAUGGGGACGGUCAAAUUGAGUGAGCUGUACUCCACCUUCAUCCAGCUGCCGCUAACGGCCAGUCUACAGAUUAGUAACGAAAUUUGUUCCAACUGCGUGACUGUGUUGAAGGAAUUUUAUCUCUUUCGCGAACGAGCGCACCGUUCGUUCGAGGAGCUGCAGACCAAGGCAGAUAUUGCGAAGAUUAUAAGCCACCUGGAGCACAGCAGUGUCGGCAGUGUGCGGCCCGAACGCCUCAUCGAAGACUUUGACGAAGAGUAUGAACCGAUGCUUCCCGAUGAACCACCAGAACCCAGCUUGGAAGCACCGGAAACCGAUUGCAACAGUGGCCCAUUUCGGUGUACGAUUUGCCAAAAGAUGUUCAAGAUGCGUAAACUGUUGCUUCGGCAUGAGGAAGUGCAUCGAUCGACGGAUCAACGAACAGCGCGCUAUCACUGCCAGUUCUGUGAGAAACACUUCCGCACGCAAAAGGGAUGUAGUACUCACGAACUGAAAGCACACCGGCGACCAAGCUUGAAGAAAGGGUUAGCCAAUAGCCACGAAAACGAUGGAUCACGUUGCCGAUUGAUCAAAAAGCGGGUGGAGCAUAAGUGUCUUAUCUGCGAGAGUCACUUCAGUACCGCACGAUUGCUUAAAGAACACAACGCUACGAUGCACCCUCUGCAGGCGAAUCGCUUCCCAUGUGAUCUUUGUACCAAAACCUUCACACGCAAAUCGUCCCUCAACGUACACAAGAUGGUACUGCAUGCCGGUAUACGGCAGCAUUCUUGUCACAUUUGUGCGCGUUCCUUUGGGAAGGAAGACUCGCUUAAAACACACCUGGAACUGCACACGGGCAAGACGCAUCGGUGUAAACUCUGCAACAAGGCAUUCGUAAAGGCCAGCUUUCUACGCAAACAUCUGGAGCAGCACGAAUCGGAGGAUGCAAUAAGGCGAUUCGUGUGUCGCGUCUGCUCAAAGGCGUUCACCACGAAGAGCCAUCUCAGUGAUCACGAGCUGAUACAUAGCGAUGAGCGGCCGCACCGGUGCAAUGUUUGUGGUAGUUGUUUCCGGCAAAGACAGCAGCUAAAGAUACAUAGCUAUCAACACUUUGGCAAACCGUUACGGUGCAGUGAAUGCAAUGCGGAGUUUGCUGCUCGUGCACGGCUUCAGGCACAUAUCCUCUCGAAGCAUCGACAACCCACCAGCGUUACGGUACCGGCGCAAGUACCAAAACCAGCACCAGCACCAGCACCAGCACCAGCACCAGCACCAGCACCAGCACCAGCGCCAGCACCAGCACCAGCACUAGCACCAGUACCAGCACCAGUACUAGUACCAGCAUCAGCACCAGCGGUUGUUGAGCCGGACUUUGGUGAUAAGGUAGUGAACGAGGACAUACUGAACGAGAUCUGCCAUCAGAUUGGAUCGAAUUCGAUCAUAUUGCAGAACAUUGAUGCCGAUGGUGUAAACUUGAUCUGCAACAACAGCGGACCGAUUGCGUUCCUCGGGGAGGAUGGCAAUAAUCUCUUACCGGAGACGUUGAGUCAAUGUCUUUAAUACGCAACUCUGAAGACAGACU